AUGGCCAUGUCCUUGACGCGAGCAGCCCUCAGGGCACCGCAGUCGCGCCUUGUUACUGCUGCCGCCGCCAUCACAGCUCGAUCUCUUGCCGCGCACCGGCCCUUCACCACCACCAGCCGCCAUCUUCUCCCCUCCGCCUUCGGAUCUCCCGUCCUGCCCUCUUACUUCUCCAAGCCCCGGCUGCCGGCCAACACGGUUGUCCGGUUCGUCCCUCAGCAGACGGCCUGGAUUGUUGAGCGCAUGGGAAAGUUCAAUCGCAUCCUCGAGCCCGGUCUUGCUAUCCUCGUGCCCUUCAUCGACCGAAUCGCAUACGUAAAGAGCCUCAAGGAAGUCGCCAUUGAAAUUCCUAGCCAGAGUGCCAUUACCGCCGAUAACGUUACUUUGGAGCUUGAUGGUGUUUUGUUUACACGUGUCUUCGAUGCGUAUAAGGCAAGCUAUGGAGUUGAGGAUGCCGAAUAUGCGAUUUCCCAGCUUGCUCAGACGACCAUGCGAUCCGAGAUCGGUCAAUUGUCCCUUGACCACGUCCUCAAGGAGCGUGCCGCCCUCAACACCAACAUAACCGCUGCCAUCAACGAUGCCGCCGAAGCCUGGGGCGUUACCUGCCUGCGUUACGAGAUUCGAGAUAUCCACGCCCCCGGUGCCGUUGUCGAGGCCAUGCACCGACAAGUAACUGCUGAACGUUCCAAGCGUGCUGAAAUUCUCGAGUCCGAAGGUCAGCGACAAAGUGCCAUCAACAUCGCCGAGGGUAAGAAGCAGAGUGUCAUUCUGGCUUCCGAGGCUAUGCGAGCUGAGCGAAUCAACGAGGCCGAUGGUGAGGCCCAGGCCAUCCGCCUCAAGGCGACUGCUACUGCCGAGGGUAUCGAUUCUGUCUCCGAGAGUAUACUCAAGGGCGACACUGGCGCCCAGGCUGCUGUCAGCUUAAGAAUCGCCGAGAAGUACGUUGACGCCUUUGGCAAACUUGCUCGCGAGAGUACUGCUGUUGUCGUCCCCGGAAAUGUUGGAGAUAUCAGUGGUAUGAUUGCUACCGGAUUGAGUGUGUUUGGCAAGGUUGGCCAGGCCCAAGCACGAACAAUGGCUACAUCUAUUGUUGAACCCAAGAACGGAAGUUCACAGACCGGUAACGCAGCAGAGCUCGAGGGAAACUCGAAGCCCGAUGUCAAGGAGACAGUUCUUGACAGCUUCAACCAAGCAACUGCCAAGAGAUAA